CACAAGCUGUGUCAUGCUAGUGAAAGAGCUCACCCAAUCAUGUACCGUAGAACGUCCUACGUCACACCGUUCCUCGCCUUGAUAAAGGCGCACUUCGUAACAAUAAACAUUAUUCAUCACCCGACUGGCGGCCCGCUUACAUGGUGGCAGCGGUGCCCAGUCGAGAUGUCGAAACCGUCAACGCCGCCGAUGCCCCCAUUGCCGUCAACGCUGCUGCCGCCACCGAAGCCCCUGGACACCUCAGGCGACGCAUGGCUCGGAUGGAAAAAUUGGAAACAUGAGUUCGCCUUGUUUUCCACCGCUAUGCAAUUGAGCAAUCAGCCAGAGGAAGUGCAGGCAGCAACCUUACUAAUAACAAUCGGAGAAGAAGCGAGAAAGGCGUACGAGGCCUUUAAGUUCACUACAGAUGAAGAAAGAAACAGUGUAGAAGUACUGAUUCAAAAGUUCGAAGAAUACUACAAGCCCGCUACAAACCUGACUUUCCAGGAAUUCAGAUUUGGGUCAAGAGACCAAAAAGAAGGUGAACCUUUCAACGAAUGGUUAACAGAGCUAAGGAUUCUAGCUAAGAAUUGCGAAUUUGGAGAGCUAGAAGAUCGGAUGCUACGCAGCCGUAUCAUCCUAGGAGUUCGAGAGAAGAGCCUGCAGCGGAAAUUACUUGUUGAAAACCCAACCUACGAAAAGACCGUUGAGCUGUGUCGCCUUCAAGAACAAGGGCAGGAAAAGUUCCGAGAGAUUACUGGAACAGCGCAAGGCGCAUCUGAGACAACUAUUAAUGCUGUUGCUGCGAAAAAGAGUCCCUGCUCUAGGUGCGGCUAUUUUACUCACCGCGGCGAAACCUGCCCAGCAAAAGGAAAAAGGUGCAAGAAAUGUGGAGGGCUUAAUCACUUUGCUCAAGUGUGCAAGACGCCGGUACUUCAACAAAGCGCGAAUAAACCGAAGAAAGAACUACGCGCUCUGCACACCGAAAGUGACGAGGAAUUCUUUCUCGAAGCAUUAACGGUAAACUGGGUCGAGACCGACAAAUGGAGCGCGUCAGUUCACAUUGAGGGCAAACCAAUGGCGUGCAAGCUAGAUACGGGCGCUAACUGCUGCGUCAUAUCAAUGCAAGACGCCGUAAAGCUUUCAGAUAAGCCUCGGCAAGAGUGUCAAGUGACGCUAACUGCGUUUUUCGGAAACAAGACGACUGCUCACGAGAAAGUAAAAUUGCUUCUUUCCGCAAACGGCAGAGAGCACGAAGAACUCUUCUUUGUCGUAAAACAACAUGUGCCAAUCACCUUGAGCGGAUCCGUUGCCGAGCGCCUGGGACUUCUGUACCGGGUGCAGAAUGUUCAUCUAGACAACUUGUACCAAGCCGCACAACCUUUUGCAAAAGUUUUCAAAGGCCUUGGGCAAUUGAAAGAUGUCGAGUAUGAAAUGAAGCUGAAACCUGGAACUCUCUGGGGCAGAACAAAAGAAGAGCACGACCAUCACUUGACACUAGUGCUGUCGCGCUGCCGAGAUCACAAUCUGCGACUGAAUCUAAAGAAAUGUACCUUUUUGCAGACAGAAGUCCGCUACCUAGGUCACAUCCUGACCACGAAAGGCCUGCGCCUGGACCCGGACCGCGUAAAGGACAUCCUGGUGAUGCCGCCACCCUCAAACGCAUCAGAAACUCGCCUUAAGGACCUUCUUGGAGCAACCAAUGAGGACCCCGAACUCUCAAACCUGCGUGACUACGCGGAAUCAAGCUGGCCUGAUAACAAGCAAGACGUCCCAGAAAUCGUCCGUCCCUACUGGGCGUACCGCGAGGAGAUACACACUCAAGACGGCCUUCUGUUUCGCAGCAAUAAGAGGCUGAUGGGACGACAGACGCGGACGCUGCUACCAGUACCAACAAGCCACCUAGAGCCGGAGACUGUGCCAAGCAAAGCUGUCCACAACCGCCUCAAGGAGAUCCGGCAGCGGCAGAUGACCUUCUACAACCGCAACUCCCGAAACCUGCCGCCAUUGUCACCGGGGCAACAGGUCACGACGUACGACACACGCCAGCGAACCUGGUCGCCAGCCGUCAUCCUGAGACCAGCGGGCACCCCGCGUUCAGCGAUUCUUCAGACUGAAGACGGCCGCGAGAUUCGACGCACAAGAGAGCACCUAAGGGAGGCAGCAUCCCAGCCGGACUCAAGUCGACCUUCCAUCGAAGACCGACCGGCAGACCAGGACAUCAACGAGCCCAGUCAAGAGCUACGCAGAAGUACCCGAGAACGCCGGGAACCCUGCCGGUACCCACUGCCCGAAAGACUGUAACAAAGCCC